GGGGACGACAACUUGGUCAACAAGCCGCUAGUGUUGAGCGGGACUACUUCUUCUUCGGGACUUUGUACCAGGGGAUUAACCGUCCAGCGGUACACGGUACUCGGUGAAGUCCUCCAGAGACGUGUUAGUACCGGGUUUGUACCGUGUUAGUACCGUGUUAGUACUGGGUUUGUACCGGUAGAGUCGGGGAACCUCGCGCGCCAUGUGGGCAGAUUAACGGACUCCUAACAAAAGACCCGCGAGGCUGCUUCCGCGCGGCUUCUGCUCGGUUUCCCUCCGGUUCUCUCGUGAGACCGGACUUUUUUAGGGUGUUUUUUUGCCCGCGGCCCGGUCCGGAGGGUCCCAGGUUCGGUUCUCUGUGACCCGGUUUCCCUCCUUAUUUGUUGUUGUUUAGUUUCAAAGAGAUGCCGCUCCUCCACCGGAAAGCCUUCGUCCGGCAGAGACCUCCAGCAGACCUGAGACCAGAAGAGGAGGUCUUCCUCUGCAAGAUCACCCACGAGAUCUUCAGGCGCUACGAUGAGUUCUUUGAGAGGACCAUCCUGUGUAACAGUCUGGUGUGGAGCUGCUGUCUGACGGGUCGUGCUGGUCUCACCUACCUGGAGGCGGUGGAAAGCGAGCGGAGAGCUUCUGUGAGCCUUCAGACCUUCUCCAGGUCUCUGCUGGUCCCUCUGCUCCACCUGGCCUCCCUGAGCCACCGCUGCAGACUGACGGAGCUCUGUGAGGACGUCUACACCUUCAGCAAGGACCGCUUCUUCCCUGGGGAGACGGUGGAUGUGGUGGGACGCAACGGGGCCAGACAUGUGUGUGAGAUCCUCCAGGUCCACUCUCCUCACUCCAGCACUAACAGACGCUCCAAAGCAGCAGACGACACCAUCGUCAUCAGUGACAGCGACGAGGAGAUCAAAGCACAGAUCAACGGCAGGAAGAAGAGGAAGAAGCCUCUGAGUCCGUCAGUGUUUGAAUACACAGUGAAGAUGAUGAAGGCCGAACACACGGAGCCGUUCACUGUGAAAGCCAAUCAGAUCAGUCGCAGGAAGACCAGCGUGUCCAAAGAGAGACUGAAGCUGCUGUUUAAGCAACACUGUGAACCUCAGAAUGGAACCAUCGUCCUCAAGCCCUCCACAGUGAUGAAGUACCGGCUGUCUGAACAAUCGUUCUCUCAGUUCUUCCCCGAUGAGCCCCCCCUCUUCCCCUUCAGCCCCCCCUCUAAAGGUGGAGGGCGUGGCUCACCUGGACAGGUGAGUGAUGAUGAUGAUGUGAGGAAGAGUUUCAUACAUCGGUUCAGUUUAAUGGGACAUUUCUAGUGUUUGCAGUUCAUAUUAUUAAUUAGUAAUACAAGUGUAGUGUAAGUAGUAGUAGAAAUAUUUAGUAUACGUGUAUAUAAGGGUACAUAGAAGAAGUGUGUGAAGUAGUAUAAAUAUGUAUAUUAGUGCUGGGCAACGAUUACAAUUUUGAAUCGCGAUUAAUCUCAUUGUUAUGGCAAA